GCUUUAGUCUUCUCUACUUCUCUUAUUAUGCUCUCUCUCUCUCUCUCUCUCUCUCUGUUUCAUCUACAGAAAUCCUCUCUCCUCUCUCAAACGUCAGAAAUUACAAAUGCGAGGCUUGUUUCAGAGAACGGGGUAAAGAAUGGAGAUUUCUGUUCCUUUACCUACUCUCUUACUGAAAUUUGGUUCCUCCUCAUUCCUUAACUGGACUACUGUUAUUGCCUUGACUCUGUUCUUCACCUUAUUGUGUGCAUGCAUUGUGAUCGGUCAUCUCCUGGAAGAGAAUAGAUGGGCUAACGAAUCCUUCACUGCCCUUCUUCUGGGCUUGUGCUCUGGAGUUGUUGUAUUGUUAGUGACCAAAGGCAAGAACUCGCACAUACUUUCUUUCAGUGAGGAAUUGUUCUUCAUUUAUCUGCUUCCCCCGAUCAUUUUCAAUGCUGGUUUCCAGGUCAAGAAGAAACAAUUUUUUCGCAACUUCUCAAUUAUACUGUUGUUUGGAGCCCUGGGCACUCUAAUAUCUUUCUGCAUUAUUUCACUUGGUGCCUUUUUGCUGUUUAAAAGGAUUGGUGUGUCAUCCUUGAAACUUCAAGAUUAUCUAGCUGUUGGUGCUAUCUUGUCAGCCACGGAUUCAGUUUGCACAUUGCAGGUGCUCAAUCAAGAUGAAACCCCCUUACUUUACAGUCUCGUAUUUGGGGAAGGAGUAGUGAACGAUGCCACCUCUAUUGUACUUUUUAAUGCAGUCCAAACUCUUGAUUUCAGCAACAUUGAUGUUCUCAUAGCCUUGAAAUUGUUGGGAACCUUUCUGUACCUCUUCUUUACAAGUACCAUUCUUGGUAUCACAGUAGGUCUUGUCAGUGCCUAUGUCAUAAAGACACUAUAUUUUGGAAGGCACUCAACAGAUCGUGAAGUUGCUAUCAUGAUGCUUAUGGCUUAUUUGUCAUACAUGUUGGCUGAGCUUGCAUCUCUUAGUGGGAUUUUGACAGUUUUCUUCUGUGGCAUUGUCAUGUCACACUAUACAUGGCAUAACGUAACUGAAAGCUCAAGGGUAACCACCAAGCAUGCAUUUGCAACAAUUUCCUUCAUAGCAGAAACUUUUAUAUUCCUAUAUGUUGGUAUGGAUGCCCUGGACAUUGACAAAUGGAAAGCAAGCAAAUCAAGUGCAGCAAGAUCAAUUGGCAUUAGUUCAACACUACUUGCUUUGGUGUUGGUUGGAAGAGCUGCCUUUGUGUUCCCUCUUGCAAAUAUUGCAAAUUUGUUUAGAAGCAGAAGUGUUACUAAGAUUGAGCUUCGCCAACAGUUUAUAAUUUGGUGGGCAGGCCUAAUGAGAGGCGCAGUUACUAUAGCUUUAUCUUAUAAUGAGUUUGCAGGUUCUAGCUCAACAGCAACAGCAGAUUAUGCACUUAUGAUCACCUCUACCAUAAUUGUUGUCCUCUUUAGUACAUUGGUGUUUGGCUCGGUAACAAAGCCUCUAAUUGAAGCCCUGCUGUUUCGACACUCACAUCCUGUAAAUACAGAUGCAUCUGAAAUCCACAGCUUAGAAGAUUUACGAUUCCUAUUUCUUGAAAACGGAGAACCAAAUGAUGAGAGCAACCUUCCUCCACCCCCAAAGAGAAGUAAUCUAAGCUUGUUAAUAAGAUACCCCACAUCAACAGUUCACUACUUUUGGAGGAAGUUUGAUGACAGAUACAUGAGACCAGUAUUUGGAGGACGAGGUUUUAUGCCAUAUGUUCCUAGCUCACCCACUGGUGCAGAAGCUGGGACUUCUUCAAAUUGAGUAGUUAUUUUUUAUUAUAGUUUUGUAAUAUAGAGGAAGUCAUUGUUUUAAUUAUGUUUACCUCGGGAGUGAUUUCUAAGUAAGUUUCUUUUGGAUCACUUAGGAGUAUAAUUUGUAUUGUUACUUCAUUGUAUCAUGUCAAAUAAAUUAUCUGAGUUAAUGAAUAAUACUGUCUUAGUUCAAAA